AUGUUGCCAGACAAAAAGGCGGCUUUGCUGCUGGUAACCGCGAUCACCGCCCUCAAAUUGGAGGGAAUCGAUUGCCUAAGGCGAAACUUCGAGGCGCGUCAAAGCAGCAACUCGAAUAUUCCGCUGUGGAAGCAACGAGCUUGCGAGAAAUCCCAGAAACAGAAGCAAAAUGCACAUUAUGUGUGCGAUGAAAAGGGCGACUUUAAGUGUCUUCCGGGAUGGCAGGGUGAUCUUUGCCAGGUGCCCAUGUGCCGAAGAGGCUGCGAUCCCAUGAAUGGCUACUGCCAGCGACCCGGGGAAUGCAGGUGCCGCAUCGGAUACAGUGGCGAACUUUGCGACAAGUGCAUUCCGCUUCCAGGUUGCCAACAUGGCGGAUGCACCAAGCCCUUCGAAUGCAUCUGCAAGCCCGGCUGGGCAGGACUCUUCUGCACGGAACCCAGCUGCCGGAGCGGAUGCCACAGCACACGAGGAUAUUGCGAGGCGCCGGGCGAGUGCCGCUGCCGUAUCGGCUACGCCGGACGCACCUGCUCCGAGUGCGCCACAAUGCCGGGCUGCCAGCACGGAACCUGCAACAAGCCGCUCGAGUGCCUCUGCCUGCCCGGCUACACAGGACUGCUCUGCCAGACGCCCCUCUGCGACCCCGACUGCAGCAAACAGCACGGAUAUUGCCGCAAGCCAGGAGAAUGCCGGUGCAAGGUGGGCUGGACGGGCAGCCAGUGCGACAAGUGCUUCCCCUAUCCGGGAUGUGCCAACGGCGAUUGCGAGGCGCCGUGGGAGUGCAAUUGCCAUCCCGGCUGGGGCGGGAUGCUGUGCGACGAGAAGCUCACCUACUGCGUGGAGCAUCCGGACACGUGCGAGAACGAGGGCAAGUGCGUAUCGCUGAGCCGCGAGGAUGGCAGCUACCGCUGCCAGUGCCGGCAGGGAUUCCUGGGCAAGAACUGCGAGAUACGCGAUGACUUUCUGCUAACCUCGGUGGCGCCGCCGCGCAUCACCCCGCCAACGCCCACCGACCAGGAUCAGGAUCAGGACAAGGGCCAAGAUGUGGGCACAGGUGUGCUCGAUGACAGCGCGAUGGGUGGUGGUGGGCAGGUGGAAAAGUUGCCGGCGGUUAACGAGCCGGAGCGCCGGACAAAUGACACCGCACUGAUGGUGGCAACCGCAGGAGCAGGAGCAGGAGUAGCAGCAGCAGGAGCUGGAGCAGGACCCACCAACAGGACGUCGGCGGUGGCAACUGGAGCUGGCAGCCACAAUGCGACUAAUGAAGCGUUAAGCGUCGUUACAACGAGGCGUGCCACCCCAGCUCCAUCAGUUCCCUCGGCCACAAUGGCGACAUCCGGUGAAAAAGCCGUAAAGGGUAAUGCAACAAGUGUGGCGGCAGAGGCAGGACCUCCUUUAAUGCCACGCCCACUGCCCACCAUCACCAGCCAGGAGCAAACAAUAGCAACUCUGGCGCCAGCUGCAACAGCAACAGCAUUUCCAGCAGCAACAGCAGCAACAUCCGUGACCAGCCACAAGGACAAGCCAAAUGUGGAGGACGAGGAGGAGGAUGAAGAUGACGAGGAUGACGAGGAGGACGAGGAUGGCGAGUAUGACGAGGAGGAGGACGAGGACGAGGAGGAUGACAGCGAUCAACUUAUACCAAAUAUUAUAUAGUUAAGCAGCUGACAAAUGAACAGUAAUCCAUCUUUUUUUAAAUACUGGGUAUCUAAAAGUGUGCUUCCUUGUUUUUUUUUUCAUAGAUAAACCACCCAAGUAUGAAACCCAUUCCUUUGCGAUAGAUAUACAUAUAUAAAUUGCAUUUAUUUAUGAUAAUUUUAGGGAUUAAGCUAAGCAAUUUUCGAUUUAACAAAUGUCAAAAAAAAAAAAUGAUAAUAAUAAAGUUUGCUAUUCUU